AUGGCGGCGCCCAUUAAAACAUGUUUUUAUGUCACUAAUGGGAAUUAUUUCAGAACAAAACGUAUAGCCAGAAUAUGGGGUCACUUUAUUUUAAGACCACACAGUGUUAGAGUACGGUUUGCACCUAGUCCUACUGGUAUGCUCCAUUUAGGAGGGUUGAGAACAGCACUUUAUAAUUAUUUGUUUGCAAAAUCACAAAAAGGAACCUUUAUUUUACGCAUUGAAGAUACAGAUCAGACUCGUCUUGUUCCGGGAGCAAUGGACAAAUUGGAAGGCAUUCUUUCUUGGACUGGACUUGUACCCGAUGAAGGUCCAAGGCAAGGUGGCAGUUAUGGUCCAUAUAUACAAUCUCAAAGGUUAGCCAUCUAUCAAGAAAAUAUCCAAAAGCUACUUCAGAAUAAGACGGCCUACCCAUGUUUCUGUACACCGAAGCGACUGGAACUUCUGAGAAGAGAUGCCGUGAGACGAGGCGAGACGCCUAAAUAUGACAACAGAUGUAGGCAUUUGACCAGUGACGAGGUUACAGAGAGACUGGAGAAGAAACUUCUACACGUUGUCAGAUUUAAACUGGAGCACACCACUGAUACCUGGGAAGACUUGGUGAAGGGGCCGAGUUCUCACGACGUAGCCAACAUCGAAGGCGACCCAGUUUUAAUGAAAUCUGAUGGAUUCCCAACAUACCACUUUGCCAAUGUCGUUGACGAUCAUCUGAUGAAAGUUACGCACGUCCUACGAGGAGAUGAAUGGCAGCCGUCGACAAUGAAACACAUUCUGUUGUAUAGAGCCUUCGACUGGUCACCACCUCACUUCGCACAUCUCCCGCUUAUUGUCAACAAAGAUGGAACCAAACUUUCCAAAAGACAGGGAGAUUUACAUGUUGAGAACAUCAAGAACAGAGGCUACUUCCCUGAGGCAGUUUUAAACCUGGUGACAAAGAUUGGAGGUGGAUUCGACAUGGACGGUACGAAUGGAAUGGGUCUCGAUGAACUCACUCAAAAGUUUUCUAUUGAAAAAGUCAAAAGCAGUCACGGUCGACUGGAUAUGCAAACUCUGGAUGAUGCUAACUUAGAACACCUGAGGAUUAAAGUCAAUGGAGCAGAGAGAAGCCUAAUCAUAGACCAGCUUCGGGAACUGGUGUCAACUGCUUAUUCAGAAAGACUGGGCGAUGCUUCCAUUACAGAUCACAUUCUCAGUUCUCAGUACAUUGGCUCUAUACUAGACUGGGCUGUGUCGGAAAAAAGGAUCAUAAAGACUAACGAUCUACUGGAUUCUAAGUUCAGCUUCCUGUGGACAACCCCUCAAGAGCAGGACAUAGCAGACUUAAAGAACUCCCCAGUCUCGGUUCCCGACCUGCUGCACGGCUGUAUCACCACACUGGACACAGUGAGAGACUUUGAUAUCGGUCACGUGACUCAGUCUCUGCGGUCUCUGAUCAAGGAUGAGAAGUUAAAAAUGAACACCUGUAUGCACUGUUUGAGGAAGUCCCUCAGUGGCUUGCAGCAAGGCCCUCCAGUUGCAGAAAUGAUGACAAUUAUUGGCAAAAAAAACACAAUACAGAGACUAAAACACACAAUGGACGUUCUGACAAAAUCCUAGCAGUUUCUUUGCAAACAACUUCUGCAAGCAACAAAAUGAAUGAAUGAAGUGUAAAUAAAGCUUAUUUACUAUUGGACUGCACAAGAGAUGAAACAGACUGGAAGUUUUUUUUUCCCAGAAAUCUCAAAGAAAUUUAUUAGGGUUAUUGUGAGCUCUUCAAAAAAAAGAACAAAGUUGUGGCACACUUUAUAAGAACUUGAAGAAAAACAAACAGAAAUCUGAUGUCAAUGGUUUUCUUUAGUUUAUUGCGUAAUACUAUUCAAUAAAUUUAAUGACACAGUUAAUAUACAUUUUAUAACAGAAAUAAUCAGGUAUGCAUCAAUAAAGAUUUUAUCAUAAAUACAUGUAUAAAGAAUACCACUAGGGUAAGUGCUAAAAAUAGCACAAUGCACAACUUACCUAUUGUAUAGCACAACUUACCUAUUGUAGCUCAUACAAGACCACUAGACUGAUACGAACAACAUACAGUGAAACAAUCUUGAACCGUUUUAGAGUUAUGCCCUGGAAACGGUUAAUCAUUCUGGCUAUUUGUUUCCAAGGUAACAGAAUUUAAAAUAUAUAUCGAAACCUAGCAGCAAAAGACACUACUAGACCACUAGGCCGAUAUGUGUAUAAACAAAAUUAAAUUUAUCUCAAUGUUUUGGAGUUAAAUUGGCAUCUCUCUCAGUUAGUCCAGAUCCCACAUGAAGUGAAAAUGAAUCUAAAUCAGUGACAUUUCUAUCAUACAUAAGAAAGAAAUAAUGUUGCAUAUUGAUUACAAAAUGUUUUCAACUGCCGACUCUUUUUGGUUUUGUUUGAAUACCCAUUGGUGAGAACAUCCUUCAUUACAUAUGAUAACACGUAUACGUGUGAUAACAAUUUAAAGGCAUACAACUGGCUACUUCUAGGUGAUGACUAGGGGCCUAAUUCACUAAACUCUCGUAACUUUGUGAUCUCACAGUUCAGUGCUAAAAGACUUGCAAAGAGGAUGCUUUGUUGUCUAACAGAACCUAAGAGAGCUUUAUGAAUUAGGCCCCAGAUCUCCAAUGUAAUACCAUCCAACAAUAAAAAGCAUAUUGAAAUUGAUUACAAUGGUGAAAUACAGUUAACCUGUGAUGUGUAAGUUAGUUACAAGUGCUAGGACCAUAAAUAUGUUUUUUAGGAUAUGUAAGAAAUAGAAUACUCCAGUACAUUCAUGUCCAUUAGAUAUCAUUCAUCUUGAAAGUUGUUGUUUAAAAACUUAAACUUGCUUUUGCAAUUUAAGAUACAUUUUAAAACAACUUGUAAGAUAAAUGGUAUCUAACAACAACUCAUGUAGUAUUCUCUAUAUAUCUU